UUGAAAAAAUGAUCAGCGCAGUACACACUGUGGUCUCUGUAUCCUCUCCAGUCUUUAAUUUGCUCUAAAGCAGCCAUGAAGGAAAUACGUGCACUUCUACUUCUGCUGUGUGUCCGAACCACCACGGCCUAUAGAUUGGACUCCGAUGGAAAGUGUCACAACUCGACAACAGAGUACCGGGAACAAGACCUGUGUUGUAAGAAAUGCCCUCCUGGACAGCGACUGAUUCAGAAGUGCUCUGACGCCACUGAGAGCGUGUGUAAACAAUGUGACCCAGGCCAGUACAUGGAGAAGUGGAACUACGCUCAAAAGUGCUUAUCCUGUAACAAAUGCAAAUCAAAUAAAGGUCUGCAAUAUGCCCAACGCUGCUCCUCGACCACACGGACCGGGUGUGUGUGCAAGCCUGGGAUGUACUGCAUCAUGGACUUUGAUAACCCGUACUGUGCAGAAUGUAGAAAUUACAGCCAAUGUAGAGCUGGUUAUGGAGUGUCUCUGCCAGGGAAGGCGAACUCAGAUGUGAAGUGUGAACUGUGCCCUGAUGGGAUGUUCUCCAACACAAGCUCCAACACGGAAACCUGUCGGCCUCACACAGACUGUCAUGGGAAGGCUGUUGUUAGAAAAGGCAAUACUACAUCAGACACCGUGUGUGAGGAGGGGGUUGCUCCAUCAUCAUUGUUUCAAGACACAACCAAAGGGCCUCACCCUGGCAUUUUGUUUUCCACUCCAAGAACAAUAAGGAGCACAGUCUCAGCGACCCCAGACGCCACGCUGUCCGUCAGCGCUUCUGUUUCAGAUGAAGUAUUCACCCAUACAAUAAAAAGCCCACCACCAUACAAACCACCUGGAGGUUCAUUGGCUGCCAUCAUUGCCGGAGUCAUGGGAUUCAUUUUGCUUUUCAUCGCUGUUAUUCUGGUAUUCCUUUGUAAAGCAGUCAGGAGCAAAGAUGUCCCAACAUUUCAGCCAAAAGUAGAUGCAAAUGGAAACUGUGAGAGUGAUGAUAAACAGAUCACUCAGAGUCAUUUGGAGGAAACGCAGCUGAUUUCUUUCACAGUUACGUCUCCAGAACAACAGUCUCUUCUAGACAAAGCGGGAGCCUGCAAUGACUACAGUCAGUCCAGCAUCAACACCGAAACUUUAAUAAGAACAGACAGCGGUGGCAGCCACGAGUCAAUCAGCCCUUUGCAGUCCACGGUAGCCUUAAACAAUUCAUAUCCUGCUCUGUCAGAGCCCAAGAUUUUAAUUUCCAACACAGAGCCUGCCUCAUCUCAGCCCACUUUCCCCUCAGAGUCCUCCUCUCAGCCUACCAGCCCCCCUAUCAUCAGCCCCCUGACCACCAGUCCCCAUUUCAACGUCAACAUCACUGUCCACAUUGGGAACGGGUCUUGCGGGACACCGUCUGUCAUGCCCACACACUUAACAGAAUCAGACAGUUACCUCCCCUUUGGAGAGGAAGAGGAGUCCUUUAGCAUUCCACAACAAGAAGAUGGCAAACAGCCACCGAGGUCAGUGCAGGACAGUGCAAGUUAAGGUAUAUGAGUGAAAUGAGUCACCAGCAUGAAAUACUUUUUUAUGUGUAUGUCUAUAUAGAAUACUCUAAAUAAAGAUGUGAGUAUUGCCUCUCCAUUUGUGGCAUAGUGUAAGUACAAGUAAUUGCAGAUGAAAAAGGGCUGAAAAUUUGGCCAUAUCACUUUUAGAAGGGUAACAAGUGAUAAAAUCUAUAUUUUCACAUCUUUUUUUUAUGUAAGUAUUUUAUGUUAGUAUUUUAUAAUGAUUUGAUGUGCAAUUUAUCUAAUGUGAAAUAUACAGUCUGUUACAAAAGGUUCUGUGCUUAAUACAUAACUACAAAACAUAAAGUUGUUGUGUUAAAUGACUUCUAGAAUUCUUAUAGUUUUUAAGACCUUUGUGAAAAAUAUUGAAGAUCUAUGUGAACAUUUUGAGGACCUUGUAAAAACAAUAUUAAAGACCUUUGUAAAAA